AUGUAAAAAUAAUAAAGUUUUAGACGAAUCUGCUUACAAUUCUUUAGAUAUAAACCCAUAGUGGUUCACUUGUGCUAAAGUGGGAUUAUGCUUAGGGUUUAAUCUGAGGUCGAAUUUUUCUGGAACUUAAAAGGUGAGAUAGAAAACAGUUUAAUCCAAAAUGCAAAAAAGAAUAGAGAGGUUGUACAAGAAAGGAGACAAGCAUCAUAAUUAAUUUAAAAGUUGCAUGCUACACUGGACAUUUUGUAAAGUCAUGUUAGUGGGAUUCAGUAACAACUGGGUGCAUAUUAAAAGAAUUUUUCAUAUCUACCUAUUUGCUUGCAAGUCGAUUAAAUGGAAAAUGCUCAAAUGCAACUCAAUGCAAAAAUCAAAGUCAAACCAACUUUUAGUUAAUAUAACUAUGAUAUUUGCUCAUGA